AUGGGCACGUUGAAGUUGUUCUACGAGUUUCUCAACGAGCCGCUUCAAUGGUGUGACGUUCGCUUCGACAAUCUGGGACUUUCUGCUGAUUAUCCGAAGCGAUUUGUGCUGAUGGAUGGAGACAUGGUAUAUACUGAGUCUCGACUCCGGGCUGCACUUCAAGGACGUUCUUGUACGACCGACGCCGACUGCACGAUUGGAGACUGCAAGGCAAGGUGCACGGCAGACCUGACAUGCUCCGAUCGGACCGAUUCCAACCUCGAGGUAGAUUUUGUCUUCUUUUUUGGAGACCUUGUUCACGUUCUGGAUACCCAUGAACGGUUGAGACUCGUUAAACAGCUUAAUACUGGUGAACGCAGUCAGGUUUUUAGUCUUCAUGGCCAUAAACUAGGCUGUUUUGAUGGGACGCGCAUGGCUUGA